ACAAGGCGGUCAAGGGGGCGGACGUGGAGUCAAUUGGAAUGGGCAAGGCGGAAAUGAUAGGCCAAGGUUCGAUUGGAGAAAUGUCAUUCGCCAUCAUUGCGCACUAAAAGGGCAUAGCUUCAGGUUUUGCCAAAUUCGGAAAGUAGAUGAGGGAAAUGGCCUUAUCUCGACGAACAUGGACGGAGAUGUCUAUGAUAUGCAUGGGAAAUAUAUUGACCCUAACAUUGCAGGUGGUAUGCGCAAGGAGGCGCUUCGUCGAGCCGAACUAGGUCCGCCACCACUGACCAUGUUCCGACUCUGGCAAGAGGAAAAUGUCAGGUCAACGAUAAAAGUGGAGGAACUGGCCAAUAAUGAGUCCGAAGAGGACAUCAGGAGGGAAGAGUCAGUCGUGAUAGAAGAGGAGGAGGAAGAAGAAUCGUAUUGCCAAGGAAGGACCAUAGAUACCAUGGAGCGAAUGGAAGACCUCGUGGAGAAGAUGCAGAGGUUGAAUUUGAAAAUGAGGUCCAUUUGCGACGAGGUGGCGAAACCAAUGGUUUACUUACUAGGCUCAGAAAUAGGGCCAUCGAGUGUCAAACUGGCUCGUCAGACCUUGGGAUCAACCCCGGGAUCAGGCAUUACAUUCCGACCUCCUCGAGGGCAACCCACAUUCCCGCAAGCAGUAUGCACGAGAAGUAAGAAAGGAAAUCCCAGUAGCAGUCAGGAACCUCCAAGCGAAAGUCAACCUCGUGAGAAGGAGUCAGUUAUCAAUGUGGGGGAUAAAGGCAAAGAGGAUGAGGAAGAUGAGCGGCUAAGGAAGGAAGAGGAAGAACAAGCUGCUCAACGUGCAAAGAAGAGGAAGCCGGAAGAUAGGUCAGAAAGAGCAGCAAAAGGAGAAGGCUCGCGAAAACAAAAAUAUGGAGUACCAUUGGAAGAUGGCCUGGAUUUUGAAGCCUUGGUUGAUAGGCUUCUGGAAGGGCAUAAUGACCUGCUUAACUUAAAGGAUAUCCUCGCCUCUGCGCCUAAGCUUAGGGAAGGAUUCAAAACACGACUCUCUUGUCGAAGGGUGGUGAGCGUGCGACUAGGAGAUCUCAUCCCUGCCGAGGCUCAUUGGGCGGUUUCUGGGACGGAAAUGGAUUGGAAAUCGGUCGGGACUGGGAGUGUGAACCUGAGUAUAAAGGGUAAGCCGUGUAGCGGAAUGCUAGAUACAGGAGCGGAGAUGAAUAUCAUCAAGGAAUCUGACGCACUCCGCUUGGGGAUGGACAUCGAUCGAAUGGACUCAGGAUUCCUCUAUGACGCAAGUGGGAGAACUCCUUUUACUGGGACGGCAUCGAAUGUGGUGAUUGAAAUCGGGAAAGUGAAGAUAGUGUCGUCAUAUGGGAUGGCGGAUCCCAUUGCUGUAGAGCCUUUGAGAGAAAGAAUAGUGGAAGAUUCCGGCGAGGGAGAAGUGGAGCUCGUAUAUCGAUUACCGGCAAGGACAAAGACCUUCCGAGUAGGAGAAGAUCCGAUGGCCAUAGAAAGUGGAGCUUACUCAGUCGACGCUCAAGCAAGGUAUGCGGCAGAUGUCAGUUUCCUCGUCAACUCAAUUGUCCAAGUGCACGAGGAUGGAGAAGGGAGUCAAGACCCUGUUAGAGAUAUGGAAGAAGACGAGUUUGAUGAAGGAGAGAUAACGGACGCUUUUCGCGCAGAUGAGUACGAAGGCGUCUACCGUGAACUAGGUUUGCUUCUCUCAUGUGAGAUCAGAGAGAGAGAAGCAACUAAGAACGUACUCGAGAUGCGUCCUCGCUUUUUAGUCCGGGAUGGACACCUUUUCAUCAAAAACGAGGUUGGCAACCCGAGGAGGGUGAUCUGCGGCCGAAAUCGUCAGAUAGACGUUAUAACUGCACUUCAUGAUGGGCCCGCAGGUGGUCACAGAGCAUUUGCCUUGACAUAUGCGAAGACGCUUGAGCUUUAUUAUUGGGAAGGAAUGAGCGAGAUGAUUCGCAAGUAUUGCGAGUCGUGCGUUCCAUGUCAAAUAAGGGCGUCGACUAUGUAUAAAGAGUCAUUGCACCCGCGGAUUGUGCGAGAUGCAGGAGCAGUGGUCCAUCUGGACCUACUGGCAAUGCCUCAAGGAGUGGGCGGCUACAAUUACAUCUUCGACGGGCGGGACAAUCUUACGGGGUUUGUUGAUGGGCGAGUCAUUCGCAGUAAGACGGGCGAAACAUUGGCUUUGUGCAUCUCCGAGUAUUUCCUGAGAUAUCCUUUCGUAGUGGAAUUCGUGAUGGACAGGGGGUCAGAGUUCACUUGUGGAGAAGUGCGAACCUUGUUGCAAGAAUAUGGCGUACAAGCCAGCUACACGACUAGGGCACAUCCGCAAGCGAAUGCACCAAUUGAGAGAGUGCAUACCACCAUCACGAAUCUACUGGCGAAAUGGACGAACGGCAGGGAGAAUCAGUGGCCUAAGCAUCUGCGCGCGACAUUCUUCGUCGAAAAUAUUACGAUUAAGAGAUCCACGAAGUACGCGCCAGCAACGCUAUGGUAUGGAAGGCAUGCCACCCUCCCGAUAGAGAGCUUUCUGAAGACAUGGAGGAGGCAGGAUAUGGAAAGCACCUUGUCCUUCGAGGAAUUGCUGGAUUUGCGGGCCAGACAAGUUGGCAUCGCAGAAGAGAGGAUCCAGGAAGCCGCAGAUCGAGUAUCGGACAAUCGACUGGAGGACAAGGAGAGGUGGGAUCUCCUUCUACGAGUCAGGAAGGAGCCAUUGGAAGUCGGAGACGUGGUGCUGCUGUAUGACUCAUCGCUAGAGAAGCAGUGGUCGCGCAAGUUGGACAAGUGGUGAGAUGGACCGAGGCGCAGAGGGUUAGGCAGGUACGGCACUGGGUUGUCCCGGAUCUUAGACAUGAGAGGGUCCAGUCUCGGUCCUCGGUCAGAGCCGGCAGUGGAGGAUGAUGAGAGAGGUGCGAUGGGACCCUCAUCAUUGGAUGGAUCGUCGUUACUGAAUGAGAGUCGAUUGGCUGAGCAGCCAACUGAACCUGAGGGUUCAUUGACUGCCCAACUAUAUGACAUGGAGUCUCCUAGGAUGCAGAUGCGACAGGAGGUAUCCCAACCCUCGCCCAUGGACAUGGAGACAGAGCGAGUUGAGGCCGAGGUCUUAGGGCUAGAUAGAGAGGGUCUCAUAGAGGACAUGCAGACCCAACGAGUGGAGACGUCACCACUAGACUUUGGGGAUACUCCACGACGAGAUGGUGAUCAGGCUAAGGCCAGUAUGAGGGAGCACAUUGAGGAGGAGGUUAGGAUGAGGAGACGGACAGGAGAGGAGUCUAUGCCUGAGGGCGAGCGUACGCAGGCGGAGGAGGGGCUUCAGGCGAGAUUGUUGUCUGAUGCCUCAAUGCGAGAGUUGGUGGGAGUGAUGGAGCAUGUCAGGAGACUCACGCAGACCGAGGUUGCACGAGGAGAGGUGCUUCAGGGUGCAGUACAGAGGAUCGGUGCUCUGGAGCGGGAGAACAAAGGACUGAGGGACACGGCCACGACAGAUGUGGUCGACGGGAGGAGAACUGAGGAGCAGCAGAUUCCUAUUGGACAGGCACAUGUCUCUCAUGAGGUAGAGCCAGGUGGAGUGAGACUGGAUAUCCCACGGCGAGACUCACCGACAGCGGAGCCACUUGGGGCUAUGGGGAUGACAUGUGAGGAGGCAGCAGUCGUCGACAAGCUCAUGCUUGAGCCAGACGAGAUCGAGAGGAGGAGAGAGGCAGAGGUACGAGGUUUGGACUGGGUCCCUCCCUCAGAGUUGGCGGUUCAGAGGGAUGCAUGGCGAGGAUUGGGUGGCAGACAUGACGAGCGAGAGAGAGUUUCAGAGCUACGAGAUGUCAUGCCACAGGAGGACACGAGCGGGUCAGCAACAGUACUGCCGACGACUCUGCUGCUUACACCAUCUCCAGUUUUGGGGUUGAUGGAUAAUGCACCUCCUUUCUUCAGGGUCUGAGAGAUGUGACGAGGAGGCGACGACUGAGAGAGCCUUGAGGAUGUUGAGUCCUGAUACAGUCGACAGAGCCGUACAUGA